AAAAACCGCAGUGGUCUCUCCUCAGUAUUACACCUCUACUGCUGAGCCUGUGCGCCGCCCUCAUCCAUUUCCGUCGAAGGCGCUGAAUCGAAGAGGGAAGAGGGAGGAGGGAAGACUAAUCGAGCGAUGGCAUCCGCGCUGCGAGGGGCGAUCCUUGGUCACGUCCGCGUCCCGAUCCGAACCCUAGACCGGUUGGGAUCCCUCUCAUGCCUUCAGACCUCGAUUCGAUCGAUGUCGUCCCACGGCGACGACCAUCUCACCCGUGAGGAGGUGGUCGAUCGGGUCCUCGACGUCGUCAAGAGCUUUCCCAAGGUCGAUCCCGCCAAGGUGAACCCGGACGUGCAUUUCCAGACGGAUCUGGGGCUGGAUAGCUUGGACAAUGUGGAGAUUGUGAUGGCUCUGGAGGAGGAGUUUAAGCUGGAGAUCCCCGACAAGGAGGCCGACCAGAUCGUUUCCUGCCCCCUCGCCGUCGAGUACAUCGCCGCACAUCCGAUGGCAUCUUGAUUGACGCGAAGCUCGGGGGAGAUAGACUUCGGAACUGAUGGACGAAUAAUGUCGAUCCGUCCAAAAACUUGCUUGGAUGCACAACUAGAAGUUUCAAAUUCAUUGACUUGUGUUGAAACCGGCACUUAUUGAAAAUGUCUUGCCGAUUGGUUUCGUCGCA